CAAGACAUAAAACCAAAGGGCUCUGUCCUGAUCCUGCCACACGACUAGAAGUUCAGAUACAAGAAGGCAGAACUGUGACACUAUGUAGUUAAACCAAAUUUAUCAGCUUUCAUGGGCUUAUGUACAUGAAAACAUUUUACACAGACAAUCACGUGACCAUAAGUAGGGGAAUUACAGUAGCUCCGCCCCCUGCAGAUACUGGAUAGCCUAUACCUGAAAACAUCUUAAUUCUGUUGUUCAACUCAGUGAAGAGGCAGCGAGUCAAACUCACAGGACACAUGAGUGCGAAGGAAACACUACAUUCAGAAUAUAUUUGUCAAAAAUAAGCAAACAAAAUGUCCCAAAUAAAUGACAAGAAAUAUACUUGCAUUGAAGAGAAAAGAUCAGACUCACCUGAACCCAGCUGUUUGUCUGUCAAAAGUGAUCAAUUUAUGCCAGUCGAGUUAAACGGUGGAGAUUUGUCUUCCGAUGAAAGUUCUGGUGAGAGACUGAACUCAUCUGUACCCGGUGUUUUAUCUAUGAAAAGUGAUAAAUCAAUGACUAUGCCAAUUCACUUAAAACACAAAGAAUCUCUGCUUGACCAAAGUUCUGGUGAGAGACUGAACUCAUCUGUACCCGGUGUUUUAUCUAUGAAAAGUGAUAAAUCAAUGACUAUGCCAAUUCACUUAAAACACAAAGAAUCUCUGCUUGACCAAAGUUCUGGUGAGAGACUGAACUCAUCUGUACCCGGUGUUUUAUCUAUGAAAAGUGAUAAAUCAAUGACUAUGCCAAUUCACUUAAAACAUGAAGAAUCUCUGCCUGACCAAAGUUCUGGAGAGAGAUUUAACUCAUCUGUACCCAGUGUUUUAUCUUUGAAAAGUGAUAAAUCAAUGAGCACGCCAAUUCACUUACACCAUGAAGAAUCUCUGCCUGACCCAAGUUCUAGCGAGAGAUUUAACUCAAAUGUGCCCAGUGUUUUAUCUAUGAAGAGUGAUAAAUCAAUGGCUAUGCCAAUGCACUUAAAACAUGAAGACUCUCUGCCUGACCAAAGUUCUGGAAAGAGAUUUAACCCAUCUGUACCCAGAGAUAAACCAGUGGUCAUGCCAAUUAACUUAAAACACAAAGAAUCUCUGCCUGACCAAAAAAACGAUCCUCCAUCAUUUGAUUCAGAAAUUCAACAAAGAUUUAAAUCACAAAUGAAAACGAAGCACCGGUGUGUUUUUGAAGGAUUGGCCAAGCAGGAAAACCCAACUCUGCUGAAUGAGAUCUACACAGAGCUCUACAUCACUGAGAGUGAAAGUGGAGAGAUCAGUAAUGAACAUGAGGUGAGACAGAUUGAGAUACAAUCCAGGAGAACAGCAACAGAGGACACACCGAUCAAAUGCAACGACAUCUUUAAAGCUUUACCUGCACAAGACAAACCCAUCAGACGUGUGCUGACAAAGGGAGUCGCUGGCAUUGGAAAAACAGUCUCUGUGCAGAAGUUCAUUCUGGACUGGGCUGAAGGGAAAGAGAAUCAGGACGUCCACCUCAUAUUUCCACUUCCUUUCAGAGAGAUCAAUCUGAUGAAGAACCAAACACGCAGUCUUUUACAUCUUCUUCAUCUUUUCUUCCCAGAGACAAAAGAAAUGGAAAUCUCCAGCGGUGAAUAUAAAGUGUUGUUCAUCUUUGAUGGUUUGGACGAGUGUCGCGUGUCUCUGGAUUUCCACAGCAGUGUGAGGUUGUGUGAUGUCAUUGAAUCAGCCUCAGUGGACGUGAUCCUGACAAACCUCAUGGCGGGGAAUCUGCUUCCCUCCGCUCUCAUCUGGAUCACCUCCAGACCAGCAGCAGCUGAUCUCAUCCCCUCUGAGUGUGUUGAUCGAGUCACAGAGGUACGAGGCUUCACUGACAAACAGAAGGAGGAAUACUUCAGCAAGAGAAUCAGUGAUGAGAGUCUGAACCACAGAAUCAUCUCACACCUGAAGUCAUCCAGGAGCCUGUACAUCAUGUGUCACAUCCCAGUGUUCUGCUGGAUUUCAGCCACUGUUCUAGAGAGAAUGUUGAGUGAAGCAGAGAUUGAAGGAGAGAUCCCCAAGACUCUCACUCAAAUGUACACACACUUCCUGAUCAUUCAGACACACAUCAAACAUCAGAAGGACUAUGAGAAGAAAGUGUAGAAUGAUGAAGACAUGAUCUUCAAACUGGGCAAACUGGCCUUUGAGCAGCUUGUGAAAGGCAAUGUGAUCUUCUAUGAUGAGGACCUGAGAGAGUGUGGCAUUGAUGUAGCAGAAGCAUCAGUGUACUCAGGAUUGUGCACUCAGAUCUUCAGAGAGGAGUUUGGCUGGUAUCAGGGGAAAGUUUACUGCUUUCUUCAUCUGAUCUUUCAGGAACAUCUCGCAGCUCUUUACGUGCACCUUGAACUUAUAAACAACAACAGAAAUGUGCUUGACCAGCAAGAAUCUCACAAAUCUGAAAUUCCAUUGACAAUGUUAAGGUUACACAAGUGUGCAAUUGAUAAAGCCUUACAAAGUAAGAACGGACAUCUAGAUCUUCUGCUUCGCUUCCUCAUGGGAUUCUCAAUGGAUUCAAAUCACAUCCUUCUAGAAGGGUUUUUGGUAAAAAGGCCGCAUAGCUUCCAGGAACAAGGGAAAACUAUUGAGUAUCUGAAGGAAAAAAUCAGAGACGCAUUUUGUCCAAAGCAGUGUGUGAAUCUUUUUCACUGUCUACGUGAACUUAAUGAUCAUUCUUUAACCGAUGAAAUCCAACGCCUUCUGAACUCUGGAAAAGUGAACAGGCAAUACAUGACUCAUGAACUCUGGUUAGCUCUGCUGUAUCUUCUCAUGAUGUCAGAUGAAAAGUUUGAUGAGUUUGACCUGAGAAAAUACGGAGGAUCAGAAGAAAUCCUUCGUUGGCUGCUCCCGGUGGUCAAGUUAUCUCCAAAGGCCCAGUUACAGGACUGUAACAUCACAGUGAAGGGCUGUGCUUUUCUGUCUUUGGUUCUAACGUCACGGUCCAACGUGAGACAGCUGGACCUGAGCAAAAACAACAACCUACAGGACUCAGGAGUGGAGAUGCUCUGUGUCGGAGUAAUGAGAUCACACUACACGCCAUUAGUGAUGACAACGUUUUUGACCCUAGGAACUGAUUCGGAUAAUGAACAAAAACUUCUUACCAAUUGUGCCGAUUAUUUUAAAUAUACGGCUGGCCUGCAGGACACAGAGUGCGGCCUGGAAUCUCUGAAACUCAAGGACUGUGGAGUAACAGAAGAUGGCUGUGUUCUCCUCAGCACAGCUCUGAGUUUAAACCUUUCACACCUGAGAGAGCUGGACCUGAGCUGGAAUCCUGUAGGAAACUCUGGAGUCAAACAUCUCUGUGCAGUUCUGAAGAAAACUGAAUGUGCACUACAGAUACUGAAGCUAAAUACAUGUGGAAUAACAGAGGAAAUUUGUGCCGCUCUGGCUUCAGCUCUAAGUUCAAAGACGUCCGGUCUGAUCGAGCUUGAUCUGAGUGUAAAUGCUCUACAAGAUUCAGGAGUGAAGCUGAUCUCAGCCGGACUGAAGAAUUCUCACUGUCAACUGAAGAUACUGAGGUUGUCAAACUGCAGUGUUACAAAGGAAGGCGUCUCCGCUCUGGCUGAAGCUCUGAACUCAAACCCCUCACACCUGACAGAGCUCGACCUGCGGGACAAUCGUCUGAAACAAUCAGACGUGAAUCUUCUCUCCACGAUACAGGACAAAGUUAUCACAUAAACAGAGGAAACAGUAUUAAAAUAACACACAAUGUGGAUGUCAUCUAUUUUUUGUUUUGCUUUACGGGGCGGUUUCUCAUACUGGGUUUAAGACUAGCCCUAGACUAAAAUAAAUGUUAGUUUUGCAUUGACAUAUCUUCAAAUACAUCAGUACCAUUGAUUUAUCUCAAAAUGCUCAUAAGUAAUGUUUUUUUAAAUGUGCGUUUCUAAAAAGUACUUAAAUGUCCUAAUUUAGGCCUAGUCUUGAUUUAAGAUAAUCUUUGUCUGGGAAACCACCCUACAUGAAUUUUAAUGUGACAAAAAAUUCAGUUGUUUCAGGCUGUUUAAGUAACACAGACACAAUUUCUUAGCAAUUCAUAAAAAAAAAGAAUUGUUUUGCCUUUGAAAUGUGAGAUGUAAGUUACAUACAACAAUUGAUAAAAUCCUCUUAAAUCAUUUAUGCCUGUGGCAGCUCACCUGGAUGUGCAUUUUGUCAUCAUCCUCUCAUAUUUCCUCUUACAUACUGUAAUUUAUUUGCUUUGAGAAAAUCACCUCUGGGCAGGCAAAAUAAACACUUUUAUCCUGAACAUAUGAACACCACAGCAUAUGUAAUCUUUUUCCAUUUUAUUUUAAGAACUAGAUACAAAAGAUCAUAAAUAGAGGUUAUAAGUUAGAUGCGCCUAAAGAGAAAAAGCAGACUGUGUGACUCCUCAUCUAUUAAACGAGCCACUGAUAUACAAUGUGUAACUGUCAAAAUGAACACUAACAACAUUCUGUUAACAUCUUUCGUGCAUGUGGAAAAAGAAAAUGUGACGAAAUCCAAAUCUGUACAUGGAAAUGGAAAAGCUGGUAUUAUG